AUGGAAGGAAAUGGAGGAGCUGAAAAUAUUGAAUCCGAUGAGAUGAAAUUGUCAGAGGAAGUUGAUGGACAAGUUACAAGGGAAUGGAAGAGUUGUGAGUCCGACCAAGGAGGGUCAAAUCUUUCAUCGGAAUCAGAAAUGGGUCAUGGUAGAGAGAGGAAGAUGAUGAUUACAAUUCGAAAGAAGGAAGAUAUCAACAAGUCAAAGAGUUUGGAUUCUCUUCAUGGGAGAGCUGGAAGAGAAUCAAAUCACAAAUGGAAGCAUUUAGCUUUCAGAGGAAGAUUAAGCAUUACAGCAGCUAUUAAAGGAUAUUCCUAG